AUGGCAUGGCACUUGCUGCUUCUACUCUGGGGUGUCCAGGGGCAUGGCUUUAUAGAGCAUCCCGCUGCGCGCAACAUCGAGGCCGGAGCCAAGAACCAGUGGUGCCCACAUUGUGGCAAUGGCGCCGGCGUGUGCGGCGACGGGGGCCAGUGGGCCAGCAACAGCAACUAUGUGGAUACCGGGUCUGAUCCUGUAGUCACAUGGACUGCUGGGACAAUUCAGGAGGUCACCAUUCGAAUUACGGCGCACCACAUGGGCCACUUCGAAUUCAGCAUUUGCAACCAAAAGAUCACCUCAAGCCUGGCGGAUCCACAAAGCUGCCUGGAUGAGUUCAUCUUGGAGCGUGCCAGCAAGGAGGAGCUGGGCCUGAGCUGCGCGGCCAAUGACAAGCAUCCCGGGUGCCAGCCAAUCGACGUGAGCCACCCGGAGCGUUUCUACCUGCCGCCGGGCAGCUUCAGCCCUGACGGCAGCAACGUGCACACGGUGAGCCUCAAGGUUCCUUCGGCUUUGCAGUGCGAGCACUGCACCCUGCAGUGGAGGUGGUGGACAGCCAACAGCUGCACGCCCGGUGAGGGCUAUGGUUGCUACGCUCAGCUGCUGAGCCAGAACGGCUACAACCCCUCCAGCUGGUUCAGAGCCACCAGCUGCCCCGGCACAGGUGAACACGCGGGUUGCACCCGCUGUGCGUGCGGCGAGGAGUUCAGGAACUGUGCAGAUAUCCGGGUCGUAGGCGGCAGUGACGUUGCCACAACCACAGUACAGGGAACCACACCGGCAACAGCCACAACGGCUACGACAGCCGAGGCAAUGGUGACCCAAUGUGUUUCCCACGAGACCCUGAUAUGCAUUAAUGGCAAAUCAAGCUACUGGCCCAAGUGCGACCCUAGCCAGGACAAGUCCAAUGCAGGACCUGCCGGCUACGAGUUUGGCCAAUACUGCACGCAGGAGUGGGCAGAUGCACUGAACCAGAUGUUGACAGACCCAGCCAUCAACAAGUGCAACGAUGGCGAUGCCAUCCACAAGCUGCUGGCCCAAGUAGCUUACGAAACUGGCUACUAUUCUACCUUAUACCAGCCUGCGGACGGCGGUGCUGGGUUGAUCCACAUGAUUCCAGGCAACUGGCAGACCAAUGCAGCAGACAUGGACCAGCUCUUCCCGGGAUACAACUACGCCAUCAUUGCCAACGCUAUGGGCAAGGAUUUCUUUCAAACCGCCAACUAUGGCUGGAAGUCAGUGGCAGCGUGGCAUAAGCUCACCAACCGUGUCAUCCCUGGCUGUGGCGAAGACCUUUUUGAUAAGUCUUACGAUGACCAGACCAAAUGCAUCCUGUCCUACGUCAACGACCGCUCGGAAGCUUACAACCUAGUUGGAUCGUGCCUUGCUAGCACCGCCCCUGCUACGAUGACGUCAACAACCACCACGACCACCACGACAGCCAGGGCAAUGGUGACCCAAUGUGUUUCCCACGAGACCUUGAUGUGCAUCAAUGGCAAGUCGAGCUUUUGGCCAAAGUGCGACCCCAGCCAGGACAAGACCAAUGCAGGACCUGCCGGCUACGAGUUUGGCCAAUACUGCACGCAGGAGUGGGCAGAUGCACUGAACCAGAUGUUGACAGACCCAGCCAUUAACAAGUGCAACGAUGGCGAUGCCAUCCACAAGCUGCUGGCCCAAGUAGCUUACGAAACUGGCUACUAUUCUACCUUAUACCAGCCUGCGGACGGCGGUGCUGGGUUGAUCCACAUGAUUCCAGGCAACUGGCAGACCAAUGCAGCAGACAUGGACCAGCUCUUCCCGGGACAGAACUACGCCAGCACUGUCACUUCGCUGGGCAAAAGCUUCUUUCAAACUGCCGCCUACGGCUGGAAGUCUGCCGCUGCAUGGUACAAGCUCACCAACCGUGUCAUCCCUGGCUGUGGCGAAGACCUUUUCGGCAAGUCCUACAAUGAGCAGACCAGAUGCAUCCUGUCCCGCGUCAAUGACCGCUCGGAAGCUUACAACCUGGUUGGAUCGUGCCUUGCGAGCACAACCCCUGGCACGAUGACGUCAACAACCACCACGACCACCACGACAGCCAGGGCAAUGGUGACCCAAUGUGUUUCCCACGAGACCUUGAUGUGCAUCAAUGGCAAGUCGAGCUUUUGGCCAAAGUGCGACCCCAGCCAGGACAAGACCAAUGCAGGACCUGCCGGCUACGAGUUUGGCCAAUACUGCACGCAGGAGUGGGCAGAUGCACUGAACCAGAUGUUGACAGACCCAGCCAUCAACAAGUGCAACGAUGGCGAUGCCAUCCACAAGCUGCUGGCCCAAGUAGCUUACGAAACUGGCUACUAUUCUACCUUAUACCAGCCUGCGGACGGCGGUGCUGGGUUGAUCCACAUGAUUCCAGGGAAUUGGCAGACCAAUGCAGCAGACAUGGACCAGCUCUUCCCGGGACAGAACUACGCCAGCACUGUCACUUCGCUGGGCAAAAGCUUCUUUCAAACUGCCGCCUACGGCUGGAAGUCUGCCGCUGCAUGGUACAAGCUCACCAACCGUGUCAUCCCUGGCUGUGGCGAAGACCUUUUCGGUAAGUCCUACAAUGAGCAGACCAGAUGCAUCCUGUCCCGUAUCAAUGACCGCUCGGAAGCUUACAACCUGGUUGGAUCGUGCCUUGCGAGCACCACUACAACCGCAGACCCGCUAAUCAUUUCGGGGUGCAGCGGGCCGACUUGGUUCCCCGUAGCGUUGCUUUUCCUCCUUUUCCAUCUUGGCGACGUAUGA